AUGCCGAUUAUCGGCCAUCUUGACGUUCUCUUGCAUGCGUAUUUGACAAGUGGCAUCAUUUUGUCGACUUAUUUCAUCCAUUCAUCUCUACAUCAUUUUGUGGAUUCAUCAUUUCAUCCAUUCAUCUCUACAUCAAUAGGUUCUGAAGCUCCGAGGGAAUUACGAAGAAAAGAAUUUGUUUUAAGAAAUUCAACUUUAACAAAUCUUUGGAGAAGUCCUAAUGUACGCUCUUUAUACAACUUAAUUCUUGCUUUUUUUGUAUUCCUGUACCUGCACAUCGCUAUCUUCUAUUACUUUAAUGUUGAACGGUUAAAAAGAGAUUUAGCAUUGGUUUCAUGGUCAUUUGGUCAGUUUCACAUUGUUACUGCCGUAUGGAUUGGCAUCAACUUAUCGAUUGUUUUCUUUUUACAUCCUGUCUUUCGAUUCUGGGCUUCUUCUAGAGCAUUUGCGAAGAAGAAGGGCCUUUAUGAUUUGAUGUUUUGCACUUUAUUCGUUUUGUAUGAAGCGGCUUUGCUGAUAAUUCCACCAAAAAUAAUCAUAGACUGCAAUAUACCACCCGCAUCAUCUUGCGCGUUAGUAAUGGAACAGUUUAGACUUUUUAUGAAGAGUUAUGCAUUUGUUCGAGAAAACAUUAACAGAGUUUUAAAGUAUAAGCUCCAUCAAGAUGAUGAUGAGGAAUCAAACUCACCUCCUUGUCUAGAAGUAGGAAAACUGAUAUAUUUUUUAUUUGCACCUACAUUAAUUUACAGAGAUAGCUAUCCAAGAUACAAAAAGGAAAAAUCCUUCGAAUAG